CACCAGCUGAGCUGCCCUUUGCAUCAUUUAACCUCUUUGGGAAUAUUCUGAUUAGUUUCACCAUUAAAAGCACCGAUUUCAAUUGAGCCUGAAUUCCACUUAAAAAUGUCUACUGGAAACAAGGAACUCUUUGAGAAGGGCGUCAAGAUCCGCCGCGAGGUUGUUGGCGAUGAGUACGUUACCAGGGCCCUGGAGAACGGAUCCAGCGAAUUCGCCUUUGUAAACCAGCAAUUCGUCACAGAGUACUGUUGGGGAACUGUUUGGGCCCGCGACGGACUAGACCGCAAGCAACGCAGUCUUCUCAAUCUUGGCAUCCUGACCGCCAUCAAGAGCUGGCCCGAACUUGGUGUCCAUGUUCGUGGUGCCAUCAACAAUGGGCUGACUGAGCUUGAAAUCCGUGAGGCGCUGCUCCACGCCGCCGUUUACUGUGGCGCACCGGCUGGUAUGGAAGCUUUCAAGGUCGCUGAGAGAGUAUUAAACGAGAUGGCCGAGAAGGGCGAGCACAAGAGGGAGCUUAACGGCAUGGCGCCGGAUGCCGCUCAACAGAAGUGAGCGAGCGCCCAUGUGUGCGGCGAAUAUUGACACAUGCAGUAUGUAUUGCUUCAAUAGAUUUGCAGUAUAUGCAUAAGGUUACAUUUCUAU